UAUUUAAAGGAUUUGUCCCUGAUGUUGUAACUUACAAUUGUUUGAUCAAUGGAUGCUGCAAAACUAAUAGGAUAGAGCGGGCAUCGGAGUUGUUGGAUGAUAUGGUGAAAAGAGGGAUAGCACCUAAUCGAAUUACGUAUAAUUCUUUCAUUAGGUACUAUAGUGCUACAAAUGAGAUUGAUAAGGCUAUUGAAAUGUUGAGAAAAAUGCAAGAAAUGAAUCAUGGAGUACUACCAAGUAACAGUUCUUAUACACCGAUAAUUCAUGCCCUGUGUGAAACUGGUAGGGUGGUGGAGGCGAGAGAUUUUCUGGUUGAAUUGGCUGAACAAGGUUCAAUUCCAAGAGAAUAUACUUACAAACUAGUUUGUGAUGCUUUAGAAUCUGCUGGGAAGAUUGAUUUGCUUGAUGCAGAAUUUUGUACAAGAUUAGAAGAUGGUAUUAAAGAAUUCCCUUCUUAGGUGAAUUCACUUGCCAGAAUGCAGUAAUGGCAGAUCGCUUUAUUGAAGCAGGUAGCGCGUAGGUAUCCAAAAUGCAUCUUUAAAUUUGAGAACUUUCUGUAUUAGAACUAUAUGAUUCUUAUCACUUUGACUGAUUUUAAAUUAGUUGCUAUACUCUUCAUGUAUUUGGAACGGAAAUUAUUAAGAUUAGGUGACAGUUAUCUUGAAAAAAGAAUACUCUGAAUCCUCAAGAUUCUCUUUCUGAGCAUGCAAUAAUAUUGCCAUCUGAUGUUCAUUGGCAUCAUGUUAAUGGCCCCGCUAAAUAAAAAUAUUGGCGAUACACUCCUAGUUCCUAUAAAUGACUACAUUUCUACGAAGCUAUUUCCUGUGGUUUGCUUUUAGCGUAAGAAAACAAAACCCUGGUACCUUAUUCUGUUGUGCUGUUCUCAGCUGCCAUUUCCCCCACCCUUCCAUGUUACUCUUUGGUGCUUUUGGCUGAUGUGGACAGCUAUGCAAAAGAAAAUCCUCU